AUCAGCAUUUCAACCAGAAUUUGCAGAGCCAAUUGUAAAUAUUUCCGUAGCUGUUGGUAGAGAUGCAACGUUUACGUGCCAUGUUCGUCAUUUGGGUGGAUAUCGGGUAGGAUGGUUAAAAGCUGACACAAAAGCAAUUCAAGCAAUACAUGAGCAUGUAAUUACACAUAAUCCUAGAGUAAGCGUUACCCAUUCAGAUCAAUUUACGUGGAAUUUACAUAUAAAAUCGGUGACAGAAGAGGACCGAGGUGGUUAUAUGUGCCAGUUGAAUACAGAUCCAAUGAAAAGUCAAAUUGGAUACUUAGACGUUGUAAUACCUCCUGAUUUUGUAGCUGAAGAUACUUCAUCUGAUGUAAUAGUUCCAGAAGGUGCCACUGUAAAACUAACGUGCAGAGCACGUGGAUAUCCAGAACCAAUUGUAACAUGGCGACGUGAAGAUGGAAGUGAUAUUAUACUUAAAGAUAGUCUGGGAACUAAAAAUUUGGUUCCAGUUUAUAAAGGUGAAGUUUUAAAAUUAUCAAAAAUAUCACGUGGCGAAAUGGGAUCAUAUUUAUGUAUAGCAUCAAAUGGUGUUCCGCCAUCCGUUUCAAAGAGGAUAUCUUUAAGCAUUCACUUUCAUCCUGUUAUUCAAGUACCAAAUCAAUUAGUGGGAGCACCACUUGGAACUGAUGUACAGAUUGAAUGUCACGUAGAAGCAUCACCAAAAUCAAUUAACUAUUGGGUUAAGGAUACGGGUGAAAUGAUUGUCUCAUCACCAAAAUACCAUGUUCAAGAGUCAUCAAAAUCAAUGUAUGAGACUAAAAUGACUGUAAUUGUUCGUAAAUUUCAAAAGGAAGAUGUUGGCUCAUAUCGUUGUAUAGCUAAAAAUUCACUUGGUGAAGUUGACAGUAGCAUUCGAAUUUAUGAAAUACCUGGACCUAGUCGUAAAGUUUUACCACCAAAAUAUGGUACAGAAACAAAUGACAUUUUAAAACAACAGAAUAAACAUCAAAUUAAAGUAACAUAUCAGCCAUCAGCAGAUGAUGAAGAUCUUUAUGGUUCAUCGGCUGAGGAAUUUGACGAGAAUGAUAUGUCAAGUAUAUUAUACCAUCAGCAGAAAUCAACAAAUAAACCAUCAUCAACAAUAUUCGAUAUAAUAAAUUCAAAUUCAAAUACAAAACAUAAUCAUAAUCACAAUCAUCAUCAUCAUCAUAAUAAUAAUGGAAAUAAUGGUGGUGUAAACGGUAUAUCUGGUACUAAUAAUGGUGGUGGUGGUGUUGGUGGUAAUUCUGAUUUAAUAAAUGUUUUAGUAACAAGAAAGCCACCAUUUUAUAUUCCAGAGAUCAGAGGUGAUGUUAAUAAUGAACUUAGUCAUUUGGGUUCAAAUUCAAUUUCAAAUAUUAAAAAUACAACGAUGUCAAUAAUAAAAUCAAUUUUAAUAGUGAUUGGAGUUGUUUCAUCAAUUAGUUCAUGGCUAUGCUCAUAAUAAAUACACAAUGUAAAGCUAAACCAAAGUAAAAAAAAAAUCUUAUAAUAAUAACAAUGAUAAUAAAAAUAAGAGAUAUUUAUAUUUACCCAUACAUACAUAACAUAUGUAUAUGUAUAUAAAAUAUAAAAUAAAAAAAUAAAAUAAAAUUUGGGGG